CCCACAGUUUCGUUUAGCUGCAGUAGGCUAUAUAAAUGACACAUAAACUCAAGAGCAGCUGUCACAGAAACCGUUUCAAAGCUUCUCAGUCGGAUUCUUCUUCUUCUUCUCAUCAUCAUCAUCAUCAUCAUCAUCAUCAUGUCUCCAGAAACUAUGAACCUUGCUCUGCUGUUGUCGCUGUUGUGCGUGUGCCUUGCUGCGGGCAUGGCUGUCCCUGAGAACAUUUUGCAGGUUUUAUCCUACUCCGGGAUGGAUUGUGAGCUUCAGUGCACCGCCAGGUCCAAGCCUGGGGUCCAAUACCGAGCUGUGAGAUGGUACAAGGUCGGAGCGUCUCCGUCGUCUCGCCUCAGCGGCCUGUUGACCCGGGACCUCCCGGACGGCCCGACGCACCGGUACAGCGGCGUGGAGCGAGAGGUGCAGCUGCGGGGCGAGUCCCGAGACCUCAGCCUGCCCAACGUGACGUGCGGGGACGGCGGACUGUACACGUGUCACCUGGCCGCACCUGUAGGGGAGCAGAACCAGGACGGGCAGGUGCUCCUCACUCUCACAGAUUGUGCCGAUCGUCCAACGGAAAACUUGAUGACGGACACUUUCCUGGUGGUUUCCGCCACGGUGGUGCUGAUGCUCGCACUGGUGAUUUACCUCAUAAGCUAUGGCAGUUUGAAGAAUAUGAUCAAAGAAAGAAACAGGAGAACAAUAAAAGAAGUCGUGUUGAAUGCACCGCUCAAACCGCUGGACAAAGAGGACUUAAAGUUGAUCUACACCCUGGGUCCUAAGGUGUCCAAAGCACCCACGAUGAAGCACGUCUGCGUCUGAAGACCACGUUUGUUCUGGAAAACUGCAGAAGAAAGGCCGGGAAGACAAGACCGACCCCCCCCCCCCCACAUACACAAAAAUAGCUUCUUUUUAGUGUAAGAAUCAACAUCUUCACGUUACCACAUCUAUAACUUGUCCUCAGUUAGGGCCUUUGUAAUUAAACGUGACAUUUAUU